AUGGUGUUGAACAGUCCUGUCGUUGUUUGGGUCGCCAAUCUUUCUGCCGAUCUCUGUCAAUACGUCGCCUGUAAUCCCGAGCGCUUGAGCAGCGACCAUGUUCUUUACCUCAUCUUCUGUUUCCCUUUCCACCAUAUCCGACGAAUCUCCCUUUCCCUCCUUUCCUCCCUCUGCCUUCCCUCUCUCUCCUCCUCUUCCUCCUCUUCCUCCUCCGAUUCCGAUUAUUCCAUUACCGACGACCUUGAUUCCUACGAUUACAAUUCUCACUCCGAUUGA